GGGGCGGGGGCGGGAGGCGGCAGUGCCCCCGCACUGCCCGCGCCUCGCACAUUUGCACCGGUAGCCAGCGCGCAGCCCAGCGUCUCCCCGCGCCGCACUCGCUCCUCCCUCCCUCCUCCCGUUCCGUGGCUCCCGCGCUCCUGGCGAGGCUCGGGCGCCGAGCGCUCGGACGGGCGCACGGACAGACCGCCGCGGGGACGCCUCGGCCCGCGCCUCCGGGCGGGCUAUGUUGAUUGCCCCGCCGGGGCCGGCCCGCGGGAUUAGCACAGCCCGGCCCGCGGCCCCGGCGGCCAGCGGGGACUAUGAACCGGAAAGCGCGGCGCUGCCUGGGCCACCUCUUUCUCAGCCUGGGCAUGGUCUACCUCCGGAUCGGGGGCUUCUCCUCAGUGGUAGCUCUGGGCGCAAGCAUCAUCUGUAACAAGAUCCCAGGCCUGGCUCCCAGACAGCGGGCGAUCUGCCAGAGCCGGCCCGACGCCAUCAUCGUCAUUGGAGAAGGUUCGCAAAUGGGCCUGGACGAGUGUCAGUUUCAGUUCCGCAAUGGCCGCUGGAACUGCUCUGCACUGGGGGAGCGCACCGUCUUUGGGAAGGAGCUCAAAGUGGGUAGCCGGGAGGCUGCCUUCACCUACGCCAUCAUUGCCGCCGGCGUGGCCCACGCCAUCACAGCUGCCUGUACCCAGGGUAACCUCAGCGACUGCGGCUGCGACAAAGAGAAGCAAGGCCAGUACCACCGGGACGAGGGCUGGAAGUGGGGUGGCUGCUCUGCCGACAUCCGCUACGGCAUCGGCUUCGCCAAGGUCUUUGUGGAUGCCCGGGAGAUCAAGCAGAAUGCCCGGACUCUCAUGAACUUGCACAAUAACGAGGCGGGCCGAAAGAUCCUGGAGGAGAACAUGAAGCUGGAAUGUAAGUGCCACGGCGUGUCAGGCUCAUGCACCACCAAGACGUGCUGGACUACACUGCCGCAGUUUCGGGAGCUGGGCUAUGUGCUCAAGGACAAGUACAACGAGGCUGUUCAUGUGGAGCCCGUGCGCGCCAGCCGCAACAAGCGGCCCACCUUCCUGAAGAUCAAGAAGCCACUGUCUUACCGCAAGCCCAUGGACACGGACCUGGUAUACAUCGAAAAGUCACCCAACUACUGCGAGGAGGACCCAGUGACGGGCAGUGUGGGCACACAAGGCCGUGCCUGCAACAAGACGGCCCCCCAGGCCAGCGGCUGUGACCUCAUGUGCUGUGGCCGUGGCUACAACACCCACCAGUAUGCCCGUGUGUGGCAGUGCAACUGUAAGUUCCACUGGUGCUGCUACGUCAAGUGCAACACCUGCAGCGAGCGCACCGAGAUGUACACGUGCAAAUGAGCCCGAGACUGCACGCACGCCGCCCUCCAGCUGCAGGUCAGACUGCCGGGAGGACUGGACAGUUUCCAAGCUGCGAGUCCCUGGCAGGUCACUGCCUGGAUCUUCACAGGGAACCACUGGAACGUUGAGCUUGUCUUUUCUGCUGAGGAGGGCACUUUUCCCGGGGUUUCCUGCAGGCAACUGCGGGAAAAAUCUCUCAGAGCAGGAGAAAUCUGCGGGAAAAAUCCCUCGACCAUUCUGUUCCACGCCCAAUGCUGCUCCGCCCUCCCCAAACACUGUCCAGGCCCCUCCGCGGCCAGAGCGGAGCCUUUCAGCAGGAACUCUGCACUCUGGGGCCUCAUCUUAGCAAUAUUUAACAAUUUAUUCUGAUAACAAAUAAUAUUAAUUUAUUUAAUUAAAAAUAAUUCUUCCACCUCCUCAGGAUCCAUUUUCUGCAAUCAAAGUGGACUGCUUGCUUUCCUAGUGGGAUGCCUUUGUCGCUAGGAUACGGAGCCGAGCAGAACUGUACAUAAUGAUUAUUUAUGCAGAUAUUUCUAUUAGUUGAACACUGCCCCCCUUUGCAGCACUAGAUGUUUAAGUACAAGAGCAGAUAUUCUUUAUACAUACAUAUAUAUACACAUUUAUAUUUUUUUGCUGUUUGCUGCUACUUAUCCAGAAAUUUAACUUUGUUCCAAUUUGUAGACGUUUUUUCCACAGUAUGUUUCCCACCCUCUUGCCCUCCUCAGUUCAAACUUCACCAUUAGAGAAAUCUAGUUUGGAAUACAUAGAGAGGAAAGAUAAUAAUAAACUCCCAGCAGUUUCCAUCUUUUGGAAAGUGAGCCACUGGAUAAGAGAAUAUUUUGUAGAAGACUAUUUUCAUAUGCAACUCUAAUUUAUAUCAUGUCUUCCUGUAUCAUUCCAUGGCCUGUGCUGCUUCUUAAUGCUGGUACUCACUUUGGGGUAAGGAGGGCGAGGGCCUGGGCAUGGGGUCUGGCCCCACGAAGAUCCUCACACAGCUGGGUUCUCCAGUUCAGUUUGCCAAGUGGACACAAGCUGCCCCAGGUGCCUGGGGCUGAGGUGUCAUCUCAUCGGGAUUAGCUGGGAAAAAAUAAAAUCCCCAGCCUUAACCUGUUAAGCUCAGGCCUUUUGAGCAGGGUCACUGAGUGGUGGCCUCAAAAUGAGCCACUGUGGCAAGUGGGCUUUGUGUCCAUCACAGGGACUUGGCUGUCAUCACCUGGCAGAGGCCAGCUCAGGGAGCCCUGUGCCCCACCAGGACCCCUAGCCAUUGCUUGUGUGUCCCAGGAAGUGAGGUGCUGUCCUCAUGUAAGGGCAGAAAAGCAGGUGGGGUGAGGAGCCAGUUAGCAGCCAGGCUUGUGGGGCUUCCUGGAUGUCUUGCUGCCAGGGCAGAGUGGCAGAGAGAUUUGAGCAAGGCCUGUUGGCUUUGGGUCCAGCUAUACCCAAUGCCUCUCAGCCUGGAAAGCUCUCCUCCAGCAGGCCGUGAGUUCUAAUCUAUGUCUACCUGCAUUUCCGUGUGUGUGUGACCUUGAGGAUUCCUGGAGUAGUCAUGUAACUACGCCUUGAAGUCCUCUGGUGUGCUCCUGUGUGUGCCCGGGUACCUGUGUGUCUCUCUCAAUGUGCCUGGGAGAUUAGGGCCUGUGCCUGCAGCUGUGCGCCUAUGUACCUGCUGGUCCCCAGGGUGUCUCUUUGUGCAUGUGAAGGCUUAUGGUGUAAGGCAGACAGCAGAGGCCUUGUGUGAUUGUGUGGAGCCACCAGAAAAUGCCACCUCUGAACCCUGUCCCCACAGUCACCGGUGAAACUCAGAUACCUCUAAGACCACAGCCCCACAGCCUCACGUGCUGGGAGCCCUCAGCAUCUAGGAUGAGUCUGACUCCCUGAUGUCAGCCCUGAGCCUGCAUCACAACACAGGCAAACAAACGAGGCUGAUGGUUGGUUGGUUGGUCGGUUUCUUUCCUUGGACCUUUUUUUGGUUUAAUUAAACCAAAAACCUUUACUUGGGUGUCUGGAUGAGUGAGCAUGAGAAAGAGCACUGGAGUGGAUGGAUGGAGGGAUGGAGGAUGGGUGAGUAGAUACAUGGAUGAACGGGUGGAUGUGUGGAUGGAUGAGUGGGUGGGUGGCUGGAGGGGGGAUAGAUAGGCAGCCCGGCAGAUGAGUGCAGGAA